CCCCACCCAGAGCUGGACCAUGAGCCUUCGUGGCGGCGGCGACGACCCCAGCCACGGCAUCAGGGUCUAUUACAGCAGCGUGAGCGGCUCCCGGGAGGUGAAACAGCACCAGACGGAAGUGCUGCGGAUCCUGGAUGGGAACAGGACGCCGUAUGAGCUGGUGGACGUGUCCAUCAGCGACCUGGUGCUCCAGGAAAUGAGAAAGAAGGCCGGGGACCCGGAGGCCGUGCCGCCACAGAUCUUCAACGGAGAACAGUACUGCGGAGACUUCCAGAAGCUGUUCGAGGCCACAGAAAACAAAGAGGUCCUGAAGUUUCUGAAGGGGCCGUCAGUCAAGCUGCCCGAGCCCAAGAAAUCCAAGAGCCAUUUGGCGAGCGGCCCGUAGGAGCCGGACAGUGGGAGAGCUGCCGGUCAAAUGCGUGGAAUUAGCUUUGUAACGGGUGUCCGGCGGAAAGGCCCUAUUAAAGUUGGA